AAUGUUUCGAAAUAAGUAAUCUAUAAAAGUGAGACAUGCUCAAUAUUGCAUGUCAGUAGUUUGUGAUAGUUAUUAAAUUAACAAUUGCGAUGAAACGGUUCACGGUGUACCUGUUCUACGUGUUUAUUGAAGGGUCCCUCUCGCAAUAUCGUGUACAAGAAAACAAAAUAUACGCUCCUGAAUAUAACAAUUAUAGACCACAAAAUUACGAGUUUGAAUACGGAAUCUCCAAUCCACACACCGGUGAUCACAAAUCCCAAUGGGAGAAGAAAGAAAAUGGCGUUGUUUUUGGAGUGUACAGUCUUUUAGAUCCGGAUGGUUUCAUGCGAAUAGUCGAAUAUACGGCCGACAGUGUGAAUGGCUUUAGGGCUAUUGUCAAAAGACUUCCUAUAGGAGGUCACCAUGAGAAUGUCGUUCCUUUACCUCAGGCGUACGGUUUUAACGCUAAACAGUCUGGAAACAACUACGCUCCUUACAGCCAGUAUUCAACUUCCAAUCUUCAACCUGCGCCGCAUACCGAGAAGGAGAGUGAGGAAGAUGACGGCUCGAGUAAUACCGAGAAGGAAAAUGUCGAAACGCACGAAAAUGAUGAAGUUGAGGAGAACGAAGAACAGGACCACGAUAACUACGAGGCGGGCGACCAAGAAGAAGAAAAAUACUCUAAUUCUCUACCUUACCAUGCUGUGGAUGACGAAGAAGAUCAUGAUUAGAUUUAUUAAUGCCAAACUGUGAUUAUGCUAAACAUUAUGAACUCAAUAAUUAAAAAA